AAAACGAGUGCUAACAAUAAAGUCGGCGCUUAUCUCCGUAUAUAAACUAAAGUCGUUUAAAAAUUGCUUCUCAUUUGAAAUUUAACGUUCGUAAGGCGCGAACGUGCCAGUUUUAAAAUCGAUCGAUCGGUAUACAUUGACAAAUCGCAACAAAUUCGGAUUGGAGAGCAUUUUUUUUUUCUUGCAAAAACCAAGAAUGGACUUGAAAUUAAACAGCGUUGAAGAAAAUUAAAGAAAACGCGAUUUACGCGUUUUCAAAACAAACAAAAAACAAAGCCCACACGAAAAAAAGAAAAUUCCCUAAAAAAAAAAACCAAUACCUAAAGGACUUUAACUAAAGCUAAAGUUCUAUAUUUUCAUUUAAAAGUGAAACAAGUGUAAAUCAAACUAAGUGACCAGGAAGUGUUAAGCACCAACCUUCUCAGAAACAGGAAAUUUAACUGUUCUUUAUCAACAGGAAUUUUUUGACCGAAAUACACAGUUUUUUAAAUAUAAAUUUCAUUUGAAAUUCUAAUUCGAAAACAAAAGAGUAAAGCGAGCAGCACUGACACUUCAGCUUCAAAAUGACACAACAGCAACCUGCAUGGGGCAUAAGCCUCUCAAAAUAUUUCGUUAUACCCCAACGUGUGAUAUUGGCCAUAAUGGGUUUCUUGGCUAUAUUGAAUGCCUACACCAUGAGAAUCAGUCUUUCAAUUGCCAUUACCGAAUUGGUGGUCAAAAAGAAUUACACAGAUGAUGAUGGCGAAUCGGCUGUAUGUCCCGCGGACGAUUUAGAUUCGGGCUCCUCUGGUGGUGGCGACAAGGAAUGGUCCGAGGAGUUACAAGGUUUAAUUUUAUCCUCAUUUUACAUUGGCUACAUUGUUACACACAUUCCUGGUGGUCUGCUGGCAGAGAAAUUUGGUGGAAAAUGGACUUUGGGCUUGGGUAUUCUCUCGACAGCCAUAUUCACUUUGGUCACUCCCGUAGCCAUUGACAAUGGUGGCGCAACUGCUUUGAUUAUUGUACGCAUUUUGAUGGGUUUGGGUGAAGGAACCACGUUCCCAGCUUUAAGUGUAUUGCUCUCACAAUGGGUUCCCCUAAAAGAACGUGGAAAAUUGGGAGCUUUGGUCUUGGGUGGUGGUCAAGUAGGUACCAUAUUGGCCAAUUCUUUAUCUGGUGUGCUUUUGGAUGCCUAUGAUUGGCCAGUUGUUUUCUAUCUCUUUGGUGGACUUGGUGUUCUUUGGUUCGUAAUUUUCUCUUUCUUGUGCUUCAGUGAUCCCGCCUCUCAUCCCUUCAUUAAGCCCAGUGAACGUGAUUAUUUGGAAAGAGAAAUGGGUUCGAUUGUACGCAAUGUGAAUCUUCCACCCACUCCCUGGAAGGCUAUAUUGACUAAUUUGCCCAUGAUUGCUUUGGUUUGUGCACAAAUCGGUCACGAUUGGGGCUUCUACAUUAUGGUUACUGAUUUACCCAAAUAUAUGGCAGAUGUCAUGCAAUUCUCAAUCAAGGCUAAUGGCUUGUAUUCAUCCCUACCUUAUGUCAUGAUGUGGAUUUUCUCUAUAUCAUCUGGUUUUAUUGGUGAUUGGCUAAUGAGCCGGAAGAUUUUGAAUAUUACCAACACCCGUAAAUUAAUGACUGCAAUUGCUGCCUUUGGUCCUGCUAUAUUCAUGGUUGCUGCUUCUUAUGCUGGUUGCGAUCGUGCUGCUGUGGUGGCUCUCUUCACCAUUUGUAUGGGUCUUAUGGGUGCUUUCUAUGCAGGCAUGAAACUAAGUCCACUGGAUAUGAGUCCCAACUAUUCGGGUACAUUGAUGGCCAUCACCAAUGGUAUUGGGGCCAUAACUGGCGUCAUAACACCCUACUUGGUGGGAGUUAUGACACCAAAUGCAACCUUACUGGAAUGGCGUUUGGUAUUCUGGGUGGCAUUUGCUGUGCUCUGUGUUACCGCUGUGGUCUAUUGCAUUUGGGCUUCGGGUGAAGUACAACCCUUCAAUGAUCCUCCCGCACUGCCCAAAGACUACGAAGCCGAGGAACGCGGCAAAAGUAAGGAGAAGAAAUAAAGACUGUUCUAGCGACAUCAAAUGCAGUAUAUAAAUUAUUUAUACAAAUUCCAUAUAGGACAGACAUACAUAUGUAGACAUAUGUGUGUUUACAAAUUUCUUUUGUGUAUAUGUGUAUAUAGAAAAAUAAAUCGGGAGUUGCAACUUCAGUAACAUAAAUGCCUUGGUACCAAAUGUGUAUUUAGAAGGAAUAAGCAGUAUUUUAACUGUUUUUCUUUUUCUUUAUUUAAAAAUAGAACCUUAUUUCCCAAUUUUUGAAAACCCUCCAAACAGAAAUCACCAAAUUUUGUUUUUUUUUUUUGUAAUUACUAAAUUUCUCUUGGAAUGUUCGUUAAAUUUUGAAAAUGUUAUUGAUUAUAAAAAUCAUUUGUUAUUUCUGUAUGUACCAUAUAUUUUAUGUAGUAUUUAAAUGUAUUAUUAAAUGUAUAAGUCAAGCUUAGAUUAAGGUAAUUUUACAUGUAUGUCCUUAGUAAGUUAAAGAAAACAAAAAUGACAACAAAACGUCAUUACAAAGACAUAGCCUUUAAAAACAAAACGAAAACAACCGCGUCCCAAAAAAAAAGGAAUCGUAUGUGAUAUUUUUCAAGGGCAAUUGUUAAUGCAAUGGUUGAACUUAAUGAACAAUUUAUAAGCAAACAUCACUUUUUUAUGUAUUAUGAAAACCUGCUUUCGCUUAAAUAUACUUUAAAAAUCCUUCAAAAACCCGUAAAAAAUCGAUAUACGUAACUUUCAUCACGACUAUUCAAACAUAAUAAACCAUCCUUUGAAAAAAAAAACAGUAAAAAUUGAGUAAUGUUAAAACUCAAAUCAAUUUUUUUUUAGUUUUUCAAUUUAUUUUCAAAAAAUUUUAAAAUAUUUCUAUUAUCCCACAAAGACGAUAUUUUUAAAACCCCUUUUGCCAUUAAAAACUGUCAUAGAAGAAUUUAUUUAAAAUCAACAAUAUUAUUUUUUGUAUUAAGCAUUUUCCUCAAUUUUUUUGUAAACAAUAUUCAAUUUUCUUUUUUUUGAGAUUUCUUUAAGAAUUUACUACAAGUAUAGCACUUUGUCAUAGCAUUUAGUUGAAGAAUAUAAUUCUUAAACAUUCUAAAAUAAAUAGUAUUCAUAUUAAGACUUGUACCUUUAUAGAGAGCAGAGUUGUACGCGCAUAAGAUGUAUGAAAUUUUUAUGAAAUGAAACAUUCUGGUUCCUCCCAUUCAAUUUUUGUUAAUUGAUGCAUACAAAUUAUACAUAAUAUUUUGUAAUAAAAUAAAGCAAUUGAAAAUAAAAA